UCUAAACCCUACCAAAACCUUUGAGAUUUAGAGAAGCUUCUUCUCUCUAUGGCAGCAGCUGCGAAUUUCUUCUUCUCCAAGCCAAUCUCUUCUACAUAAUUCGUUUAUAGCAUUCUCGAAUCCGGAAGAACCCUAAGUCUCAUCCAUACCCAGGAAGGAAGAAUCAUGGCUCAGAAAUGUGCGAUUGGUUUGUUCUCAGCUAUAGCAGCCGCUUCGUCUUCCUUUUCGAAAUCGAAAGUCGCUGCUGCAGAUGGUCCUCCUCCUCCACAGCAUCAGGCUGCUUCUGAUCCUGAAUCUUCUGCUCCUCCGCGAGCUAGGAAUGAUAAUCCGAGGACGAGCUCCGGUGGUUUCGAUCCGGAGGCGCUGGAGCGAGGAGCUAAGGCCUUGAAGGAGAUUAACAGCUCCUCUUACGCCAAACAGGUUUUUGAAGGUAUUAAGCAGAAAGAAGAGACUAAGCAAACUGAGUUUGCAGCCAAGGGGCAAGAGUAUAAAGCUAUGCAAGCCCAAGCUGAAACUGAGAGGCAAAAGGUGAUAUAUGAUGAACAGAAAAAGCUUGCUCAGCACCAAGCACAGACUAAAUCUCAGAUGGCUCGUUACGAAGAUGAUUUGGCUAGAAAGAGGAUGCAGGCAUGCAACUUUCAACACUGUUUCACAACAUCUAGAGCUUUUGUUUUCUUCAUUCUGACAGAUUUUGCUGUGUAUGUGGUUUUACAGGCUGAGAAUGAGUAUCAUAGAACAAGAAAUCAAGAACUUGUGAGAAUGCAAGAAGAUUCCGCAAUCAGGCAGGAACAAUCUCGGCGAGCUACCGAGGAGCAGAUUCAGGCACAAAGGCGACAGACCGAGAGGGAGAAGGCUGAGAUUGAGCGCGAGACGAUCAAGGUCAAAUCCAUAGCGGAAGCGGAAGGAAGAGCCCAUGAAGCAAGGCUUGCUGAAGAUGUAAACAGGAGAAUGCUUGUUGAUCGUGCAAAUGCAGAGAGAGAGAAAUGGGUUGCUACCAUUAACACUACAUUCGAACAUAUUGGAGGCGGGUUGCGUGCAAUUCUUACGGAUCAAAACAAACUGAUUGUUGCUGUUGGUGGAGCCACCGCUCUCGCAGCUGGAAUCUACACAACUAGAGAAGGUGCAAGGGUCAUCUGGAGCUAUGUGGACAGAAUAUUAGGACAACCAUCCUUAAUCCGAGAAUCAUCAAGGGGCAAGUACCCUUGGUCUGGUUCGGUUUCUCGUGCAUUGUCCACAUUGCGUGGAAAGGGGUCAGCUAUCAAAAAUGGAAAAGGGUUUGGUGAUGUUAUCUUGCAUCCUUCCCUACAGAAGAGAAUUGAACACCUAGCUAAGGCAACCGCCAACACAAAAUCGCACCAAGCGCCAUUCCGGAACAUGCUUUUCUAUGGUCCUCCGGGAACAGGAAAAACAAUGGUCGCCAGAGAACUGGCUCGUAAAUCUGGUUUGGAUUAUGCACUGAUGACUGGUGGAGAUGUUGCUCCCCUGGGAUCUCAGGCUGUUACAAAGAUUCACCAACUGUUUGAUUGGGGGAAGAAGUCUAAGAGAGGCUUAUUGCUCUUCAUCGAUGAAGCCGAUGCAUUUUUGUGCGAGAGGAACAAAACAUACAUGAGUGAAGCCCAAAGGAGUGCACUAAACGCCCUUCUCUUCCGCACGGGUGAUCAGUCCAAAGACAUAGUCUUAGCACUUGCUACAAAUCGACCUGGUGAUCUAGACUCAGCUGUGGCUGACCGUGUGGAUGAGGUUCUCGAAUUCCCUUUACCCGGAGAAGGAGAGCGGUCAAAGCUUCUAAGCCUAUAUCUAGAAAAGUAUAUAGCUCAAGCUGGUCCAACAAAGCCGGGUUUAUUCGACCGCCUCUUCAAGAAAGAGCAGCAGAAGAUCGAGAUAAAGGGUGUCACUGAAGAGCUCUUAGAGGAAGCAGCUGCCAAAACCGAAGGGUUCUCAGGGAGAGAGAUUGCGAAGCUGAUGGCGAGUGUUCAAGCAGCUGUUUAUGGAAGUGAAGACUGUGUGUUGGACUCUGUGCUGUUCAGAGAGGUUGUGGAUUACAAAGUUGCGGAGCAUCAGCAGAGAAGAAAACUGGCUGGAACCGACUCAAAGUGAGAUUUUAAGCUGAUCAAGUGGUCUCACUAUCACAACAUUGUUUAGGGAAAGAUUUGAAUCCUAAUUGUUACUCGUUUUUGGUUGAGAGGUUUUGUACUGUUUUACAGCUUUAGAUUA